GGCAGACCACAAGGGGAUCAAUAGGGGGUACACAUUCAAGUCAGAAAGGGGGGCUAAUUACGCACCCAUACCAGAAGAGUGCACAUGCAAGGGGUGCGUUUUUACACCCCUCUACCACUUCCUGUUGACCCAGGUGUAUUGGAAAUAUAUAUUGGACAGUAACUUGUUUCUGUGGAGUGAUCUUGGAAAGAUAUCUGGACUUUAUGCUACAUUUGGGAGUCAGGAGUUACUAGAAUAACUAGGGCGGUACGAGCUUUCCAGCAGGUCUUGUAUAUCGAUCCGGGGUUCAGCCGAGCCAAUGAGGUCCACCUUCGCCUUGGUCACAUGUUCAAGGUGAACUCUGACUUUGAUUCAAGUCUCAAGCAUUACCAGUUGGCUCUGAUCGACAACAGCCCUUGUACUCUCUCAAAACCCCAAAUUAAAUUUCAUAUAGCACACUUGAAUGAAGUACAGCAGAAUAAACAUAAAAACGCCAAGGAAUCUUAUGAAGCUAUCCUUCUUCAAGAUCCCUUACCCGAAGGCCUGAAAGCUACAACUUUCAGACAACUUGGCUGGCUGUACCACAGCUCCGACCAGCUCGGUGACAAGACUUCCAGGGAAACCCUGGCCAUUCAGAACCUCCUCAAGUCGCUGGAAGUCGAGCCCAACAGCGGCCAAUCCUGGUACCUCCUGGGUCGUUGCUACUCCAACAUCGGCAAGGUGCAUGAUGCCUUUGUCUCGUACCGCCACUCCAUAGACAAGUCGGAGGCCAAUGCAGACACCUGGUGCUCGAUAGGUGUCUUAUACCAGCAACAGAACCAGCCUAUGGAUGCGCUGCAGGCCUACAUCUGUGCCGUGCAGCUAGACAAGUCCCACACAGCAGCGUGGACCGACCUUGGCAUCCUUUACGAGGCCUGCAAUCAACCUAGGGAUGCGCUGACGUGUUACAUCAACGCAUCAAAGAGCUCCAAGGUGGCGGUGGCAUCAGCGCUCUCCAAGCGGAUUAAACUCCUGCAGGCUCAGGUCAAUACCAUGCAUCAUCCCAAUAUGCAAAACAAGAGUAAGACACUGCCCAGUAUUGAGGAGGCAUGGAGUCUUCCUAUUCCUGCUGAGCUUACCUCUAGACAAGGCAACCUUGCAAUUCAGCAGGCCCGUCUGCUGCACCCAGCCGGAGGCACCAAGAUGAUGCCCCCUCCCCCUUACCCGGGCCAUGUUGCUAACAGCCAGUUUGGUGCCACUGCUGGUGCCACUGGCCAACCCAACAGCACCCCAUCCUCCCAAGCUCAGGUCAAUGCCCAGCCAGGCAACCCAGCCAAGCGCAGGAAAAACUCAAACAGCAAGAAAAAACCUCGGUCUUCCACCUCUGUUGCUGAACUGCUGCAACAGCAGCAACUGCAGCAGCAGCAGAGAGAGCAGCAACAGCAACAGCAGCAACAAGCAGGCGGCCUGGCAACCCCUCAGCAACCGCAGCCACUGCAGUCAACAGGUCAAGGAACCCUUCCUGGCCUGCCCAACAGCGCAGGGAGCACACCUGAGCCAAUCGCUGUCGGUGGCAGCAGUGGGAUGCAUCAGCCAACGUCAAAUCAGCAGCAGCAGCAGCAGGUCUCGACACCUUCCUUCUACCUGACGGCGCAACAGGUCCAGCUGAUGCAUCAGUUGCAGCAGAACCAGGGAAGCCUCACUCCGGAGCAGCAGGUUGUCCUGCAGCAGUUCCAACAUAACUUCUGGAUGAUGCAGCAACACCAGCAGCAGAUGCUGAAGAUUCAACAGCUUCAGAGGCAGCAGCUACCGCUCUCCCAGUCUCCCUCGUUGCCCCACCAGGGUACCCCCGCUAGUACACCCUCUUCAACAAUGCUGCAGGGGCUGACACCAGGGGAUCCCCACAACACAUCAGCCCAAUCCAUUAGUAGCCUUAUCAGCCAAACUAGUAUCAACACCUUGCCGGGUUCAGUGAAUUCCAUGGGUAACGGAAUCCCUAACAUGACUACGCAGCCUGGGAACGCCUCCAGCACGGUUGCCAGUCUUUUGCAGCAGCAUCAGCAACAACAGCAGCAACAAGGUGGAAGUCAGGGCCUCAAUGCGCUUGCCCAGCCCCACCAGGACGUCAAUGUUUUGCAGUCCGUCUCGCCCGACUUCUUCCAACUGCAGAAGUCCCAACCUCAGGAGAUGACGCAGGGAUUGUUCAAUAAUCAGCUCCUCAACAGCCCCAUGCAUUCAGGGGUAUCACAGGCGUCUAUACCAGGGGGAGUACCCUCCCCUCUGCAUACUCCAAAGGGUUUACUUUCUCCUGUGUCAUCCAAUGCAAUGAGCCCUCGUCACAUGGGUAGUACCCCAACCUCGCUGGAUUUUCCUGCUCCCAAUGUGGUUGCCCCACAGAACCUUGAUAUGAGUCAUAAACUGAAAGAAUUCAAAUCUAGAACUGGUGCUUCGGAACUCAGACCGAACCUCAUGUCGCCGCAGGAAAUUGCGGACAACAUGCUUGCCCAGCUCUCGCAGGGGGAUCCCGCCAGCAAACCUGCGACCUCUUCCGCGUACGGGUCAUCCCCGACACACCGGACUGCUCAUUCUUCUUUACCGAGUCAUACUCCAAACAGGACAAACCUAGAUAUGCCUUGUGUUGUGGGUGGUGCGGCUAGCGCGCUGUCGACGAAUGCGGACGGUGCGAAAGACACUGUGUUUAAGACGCCACUUCCCGUUUCCACGCCCAACCAGUUUCAAUCACCAUUCCAGUCGGCUCUUGCUGAGAAGCAAGUGGCAACGGGGACGACGAAUAGCACGUCCUUGAUGGAUGGACUUCAGAGUUCAUCAAAGUUGUCCAGUGAUCUCCAAGCAACACAGGGUAACAGGCAACAAGCCAAUGAUACGGAGGCUAUGCAACAGAACCAUGUCUCGGACAAUGCUUCUUCAAGGAACUUUGAUCAGGUUCUGAGUGUGAAUACCUCUCUCAACUCUUCCACGGUGAAGUCCCUGACGUCCGCCCCUUCCCCCUCCUCCCUCUCCAUUUACGUCAACUCAGCCAAGAUCCUGGAAGAAUGCCGCAAGCUGAAGGGACGCAACGGCCUUGCUAACAGCAGUAUCUGGAUGGAGAAGAUGCCUCCACCGGCCCCACCCCAAGUGCCCUAUCCGCCCCUCCCCAAGGAUCAACUGAACCCGCCGACACCAAGUGUUUAUGUCCAAAACAAGACCGAGGCCUACUCACAAGCCCUGGCAGACUACUGCAUGUCGGCAGAUCAACCCAUCACGGUCAUCCGGGGACUGGCCGCCGCACUCAAGCUGGACUUGGGACUCUUCUCUACCAAGACUCUGGUGGAGACGCACGGCGACCAUCCUGUAGAGGUCAGGUCACAGAGGCAGCAGCCGCCCGAUGAGAAUUGGGACGCGCUUGGUCUGAAGAGGGUCUGGCGCUGCGAGAGCAGUAGAUCCUUCACCACCAUCUCCAAGUAUGCCCAAUACCAGGCUUCAUCCUUCCAGGAAUCUCUCAGGGAAGAGGCAGAGAAAAACCAGAAGUACAAUUCAGAUAGUGACUCGUCAAGUACGUCAAAAAAAAAAAAGAAGCAUUCUGGAGGGAGAGAAUUCAAGAUGUUGAAGUUUGGAACCAACGUCGAUCUGUCUGAUGAGAGGAAAUGGAAGAAACAGCUUCAGGAGUUGACGAAGCUCCCGUCCUUCACGAGGGUGGUAUCAGCAGGUAACAUGCUAAGUCAUAUAGACUUUACCAUCCUAGGCAUGAACACUGUACAACUCUACAUGAAAGUACCAGGGAGUAGAACACCAGGUCACCAAGAGAAUAAUAACUUCUGUUCUGUGAAUGUAAACAUCGGACCAGGAGACUGUGAAUGGUUCGCUACACCUGCCUCAUACUGGGGUUCUAUCUACAACCUUUGUGAAAGGGCUAACAUCAAUUUCUUGAAAGGGUCAUGGUGGCCCGUCCUUGAGGACCUGUACGAAGAGGACAUCCCUGUCUAUCGGUUCAUCCAGCGACCCGGUGACCUUGUAUGGGUCAACUCGGGGACCGUCCAUUGGGUCCAGGCAGUGGGAUGGUGCAAUAACAUCGCAUGGAAUGUCGGCCCGCUCAUGACGCACCAGUACCGGAUGGCGGUGGAGCGCUACGAGUGGAACAAGCUCCAGCAGUACAAAUCCAUCGUCCCCAUGAUCCAUCUGACGUGGAACAUCGCCCGUAACAUCCGCAUCUCCGAACCGCGAUACUUUGAGAUGGUCAAGUACUGCCUGCUGCGGUCACUCAAGUAUAUACAGAUGACCAAGGAGUAUUUGAAGGACAUGGGUAUAGAGGUCCACUGGCACGGCAGAGCAAAGAACGAGGCUGCACACUACUGCACCAAUUGCGAGGUGGAGGUGUUUGAUAUUCUGUUCACGACAGAGAAAGAUAAGAAAUAUGAGGUCCACUGCCAAGACUGCGCCCGCAAGGCAAGUCCGUCACUAGAGGGCUUCGUCAUUUUGGAGCAGUACAAGCAGAGCGAGCUCAUGGAAAUCUAUGACAAUCUCCAACUCCAUGACAAAGAGGAAUCUGAGUCAUCACAAAGAUCAUGACAACUAAUGGAGCAGCUAGGGAGCUGCCCCACCCACCCGGAGCGCUAGCGAUCUCCACGCCUGAUGGGAGAUUCGACGAGCGUCUUCAACGAUGGAGGAGAAAUCACUCAACAUGCUGCCAGACACCCUGUGUUCUUGAACUCACCCAACUCCAUUUGUGUUCCUUUUUACUCUCCGUACCCAGGAGUGUGACAAUAAUAGGAUAGAUCAUCCCAUUGCAUAGCUGUGUUUCGUCUCGUCUGUAGCCUUCAGGCAUCGUCUUUUGCUGGAUGCUGUCUCCGACAUUAGAAAUGAAGAGGACAGAACUUGUGGAAUGAGAAUGAUGCCUAGUCUCCGUAAUUAGACUCCAUUAAUUAUCAACAAGGUCUGAUGACCCCCUCCCCUUUCCCUCUCAUCAGUAUAUGGUCAAGACAUGGUCUAAUAUGUAAUAAGGUACAAGUUCUUUUAUACCAUCUUUUUACUCUGUUGUCCUCGUGAAAACUGUACACGUUCACUGCCGUCAGUACAGGCGUGCGUACUUGUUUACUUGUAUACUUGUUUAUAUACUGAUGUGUGGUCGUAGGUCUGUAUUCUCAAGGCAGGUAUCAUCGGAAAGAUCACCUCUCUUUAUACCAGUUGCCAUUGCUUUGAUCUAUGCAAGCUGAUGCCAUGUCUUACUACAUAAUCUUCAGUUUUGUACUUUUUCCAGGAGCGGGCAAGGGUUCUUUUUCUUGGCACAACUACACAGUAGAUGCUGCAUCAGAAUGUGUGUUAUCUGUGAAUAGGGUGCAAACCUCCCACUAUAUAUCAUACCCAGGAAGCAAGGAGCUAUUGACAAUGUAUACACAGAUGUGUUGAUCUGAUUGGCUAUUUGUACCCUCUUUUUUUAGCUGUGAAAAAAACAGAGUUAUGACUUUAUGUUUUGAUAAAAUUUAAAAAUGAAAAUGUCAGUAGAUAAUUGAAAUGUUGUGUUUACUAUCAAAAAAUCCUCUCCAGAUUAAAAAAUCAUAAUUUCAAUGAUAUGGAAUAAUUUUGAGAUGAUAAAAUAUACGUUACUAGUUACAAAAAGGCUUUCCUGCAUUGUGCUGCAUCUGGGACGGUGUCACUUACCGGUACUAGUAUUGGUGACGGGGGAAUGCCCGGGGGUAAUUUCAUAAACGAAUAGACCUAUUUCUUCAUUUGACCCCCAUUUUCUCUGUUCUCCACUUCAUUAAUUGUUCAUGCCGUGAUUAAUCUGAGAGCAUUACAGUUAUUCAUAUGAACUGAAAAACAAAAAAGAAUCAUUUCAGGAAAGUCGCACAUAUAUGGGGUCAUAUGUUUGGUGUCCAUCACUCAUUGGCCUUUUUAGGCCUGCCAUAUAUGGACUGGUAUGAUAUUUUGAUAAAGAAAUAAACUCAAUUAACCUCACAAUUUUAUGGAAUUUCCCUUUAGUACAUGUAAUCGGACAUUGCACUGUAGAGAAUUUCUGUUGAAUUGCAUUCAGAAGCAAUAAUGCCAUUUUGCGAAGGAAGCCAUUGUCCUUCCAAAUAUUUUUGCUCUAUGAAAAAUGAUAUUCACUCUCCUCUUUGAUUCAAAUAUAAUGAUUAAGGCAUUUUGGAGACGAGAUAUUAAAAAGAAAAGAUUAGUCUGGAAAAUUCAUAACUUUCCAUAAAAAUAUGUCGCAAUGACUCGGCCAUGGUUCCGCAGCAUGGCUAGUGACCAUAAUAUCCCGUCACCCAACUUCCCACAAAUCUCCCAUUGGGCCUUUCAACUGAAUGAUGGGUCUAUGAUAUUCAUAUUCCUGGCUGAUCAAACCCAAAACAUUAAUACAGUUGGUCCAGCUUCCAAAUUCAACAAUAGGUGGAUAAAGUUGUCUCAAAGUUUUUUUUUUAUAUACAAAAGAGGAGAUAUUGAAAACAAAAAUAAUGUAACACACAUUCCACUCAAAGUUUUGAACUUGGCAAAAAAAGGUAACAUUGAAAAUUGAGUAUUCAUGCAUGGAUGUUGAAUCAUCUUGUCUGUUUUAAGGGCAUAGCAUACACAAGUUCCUAUAUCCAGGUCAAAGGUCACUUGUCUGUGUUUUCAGAUUUAUUAGGCAGUUUGCUGUUUACGAUUCUUGCAUGAGACACAAAGAUCGAAUUUGAAAUGGAGAUGGGCAUGGUUUACUUUGAAAAAAAAAAACCCAGCAAAUGUUUGCUGGGAUGAAUUAUACUGAUGAGGUCAAGAAACUAACGAGAGAACAGAUUAUUGAUUUGUGUGUUUUCAAGGAGAUGGUGGAGGAGAAGAUAAAAGAGAAAAGGAUAAUCGGGCUGGCAAGCUGUUGACGGUUGAAUGGCUCGUCAUCGAACAAUUGCAAUGAAAAGGGCAGCUUACUUUUCAUUUAUAUAACAUGACAAAACUUGCAACAAGAGUAGGAUUGUACUUUCCGAAGUGGAAAGCCUGCAUCGAUGUUAACCAAUUUUAGUGCAAUUUUUUGUAAUUUUAUUUUGUGAUUGUGGUGGGUGAAAUCUCUGUUAAUCGUGUUUUGUAAUUUGUACAAAUUUGGAUAAGGACGAGAUUAAACAAUUUUGCUGUACAGAGAAGUAAAAGAAGUGUAAUUGUACAUGAUUUCCUGUGUGUCUGUCGCCCAUUUUCUGUUAUCGUGAUAUCUUCUCGUGAAUUGUUCAGAAAAUUAUGUGAGAAAGAUAUACCCUCUUCCGAGGAAAAACUAAUGUUACUGCAGUCAAAAUGACCACUUGUAUGCUGUAGCGACUGUUAUUCAGAUAUAGUAGAGAUAUGGUGAUGUAGUGAGUUAGAUAACCUUUCGUUUUGAUUUAAAGGUUGAUCACAUGAUGCAAUUAUUGUGUAGUAGUAGUGCCCAGUCAUGUGAUUGUCAUGUGAUGGUCAUGUGAUCUUUAGUUUUAUUUCUUGCUUGUCUCAGGGAAUUUGAAACAAAUGACAUGUUGUUCUGUGUUGACAUUGCUGCUUUAAGGUCUUUUUUUUCUUCAAGAUUUUGUAGUGCUUAGAUUGUUGUAUCACAGAGCCAAAAGAGGGUUGUGAGUGACAAUGGUCAUGACUUGAAAUCUAGUUAUGAUAAGACGAGGAACUGUCAGUAUUUUCUAUGUAGUAAGUCGAUACCCAUUCCUGAAUAAAGUUGGGGAGGGCCAUGGAAAUGAAAUUGUCUCAUCCAGCAAUUGUAUUUCAUCAUCGUCAUCAUCAUCUGUCACCAUUAUCAACAUUUCCAGCAUGGCCGUGGCCACCAUCAUCUUCAUCAUCAUCAUGAUUUUAUCACCACCAUAAUCGUCAUUGUCACAUCACUGAUUUCUGUCAUUGAUUUUUAUAAUCAAUGUCAUCAUCAACAUCAUCAUCAUCACUCACCAUCUCCUCACCAUUUGUCAUCAUUAUUAUCAUCGACAUCAUCACUAUAAUCAUGAAUUCCUCUGAAUCUAUAUAAGAAAGCAUAUUUGUAGUGAUCAUGUGACAUUUAUAGAGAAGAGACGUUAUUUUCACAUUUUUUAUUUUCCUGACGGGAGUAGCGGGUUGGGAAUAUAUCUGUACAAAUUAUAAGAAAAAGUAAUAGAUUUUUAUAGAAAGGAUAUCUUUUAGAACUCAAAGAUACAUCUGUGAUUUCAAGCCAAAAACGGUUUUAUUUGUAGAAAAUACUGGAAGAGGAUGAAAUAUGUAGGAGUCUUGUGGGGAAGAUGCCAAAUUUGAAUUCCGUUUUACCACAGAUAAGGAGAUUGCGUAUACUAACAGCUGAACAGUUAAUUACAAAAUAAUUAUUACCCCUUUUCAUGGUUUCCAUCUCUUUUGUAGUUUGAGAAGGAAAGCUGGACCAUCAAUUAGAGUCUGUUUAUCCUGCUUUGUGGGAUAAGACGUUUCAUUCGCCUAAUCGCAGCUCUCAAGGCUCUUCUGUUUGUGUUAUCCAUAUGAAUGAUACACAGGGAAUGUUUCAUGAAAUAAAUAGUGAUUUUCAUUAAGUGCUGUUAUAAGCUACUGAAAUCCUUGCAUUUGAUUGGCCGAGAGCAAAUUAGUUGAUGAAAUUCUCUUGCAGGGACUGAUUGAUCAGAUAAAAUCCUUUGUUGGAUACCUUAAUAUUUACAAAAGUAAUUUCAAGAGAAUAUUGUAUACUUUGAGAUAUGAAAUGCAAGAAUCAUGUUCUCAAGAAAAUUAAAAAUAUCAAACCAGUUUUUCCACAUACAUCCUCAUUGGAAAAUCAACAUUUUACUCCAAAACCUGGAAAGGGUAAAAAAAUAUCCAGUUGUAACGGCUUUGGAGUUAACUGUUCAUCGCUGGGAUUGAAUGUUGUGUCGGAAAUAUUCAUUGUUUUCACUGAAUUAAUAGAACGAUGAAUGAAUGACGUCAAUGAUUGUUGGAUGUUUCUUGAUUAGAGGCUAGGGUUUUACGACUGUUGUAUCCUCCCCUCCCACUGAAAAUAGCCCCAAGGGUGUCGUCUUUUUUGUUUUCUUAGGCCAUUGUCGGCCAAGUUUGUGUAACUACAAAACAAUGGUGCUGAAAUACGUUGGGAGAUGAAUUUGAACCUCCCAUUGUUUAUAGUAUAUACUCUUCCCUUGUUUUUUUUCUUCAAUUAAUUCAUUAUGUAAACCGAUAGUCUGUCUUAAUUAUGUUAUGUUUAACAACAAAGGGGAUAGCUGCUUGGUGCCAGUGCAAAAGCAAUAGGAAAAUGGCUUCUGUGUUCACCAAAAAUUGUCUGUCUAGGGAGCAUUUCAUCAAUAUUUAUAUCCAACAAGUUGUCUGAUUUGACAACUUUCCAGGAUUCUGAUUGGCCGAGAGGCACUGUUACUAUGGCAACAAUGGAUAAAACGUCCGGCAAGUCCUUUCAUGAAACGCUCCCCUGGUCGUCAAACAUGUUCAAUAAAUCCUGGGGCUUGUAACACAAAGCUUAGCAAUGAUCUUAGAACAUUUUCCUACGAUUGAAUACAAUGUACAUUUGAUCGUGAAAAUCAAGCAUACGAUUAAUCGCUAACCUUUGUGUUACGGGACCCGAUCAAUGAAUAUCCAUGGCUGCAUUGAAUAUUUGAAAUUAUUUGGAAUGCAAUGCAUGAGGAUAAGGUAGGCUACUCUCUCUUGAGGGGUGCACAAUUUUAAACAUGUGGGACUGUUUGGUGACCAGCUAUCCCUGAGUUAAAAACACCAUUAAAUCUGUUACUAUUUUUUUGUAUAACCACAGUGACCAAACUAAACUACCACAUAUCGUGUAAAACAAUUUUUUAAAAUGUUCCAUAAAAAUGUAGAUUAACCUCUUGUUUUCAAAUGGUUACAUUUCAUAUGACGAAAAAAGAAGUAGAAUAACUUCACCGAAAUCAUGGAAUGUUCCAAUGUUACUUAAAUCUACUUUUGUAUUUUGUAAAUAACUUGUAAAAAGUGUGUUUGUUUUUUCCUAACAAUGAAACAUUAGAAGUUUUUAUGUUGAGUUUAGAAGGGAAUACAAAUACUUUUUCUAUUAAACAACAUAGGCAUGUUGACAAAAUUUUGAAUUUUAGAGUAAAAAGUACCUCUAGAAUUCAGCUAUCUUAGAGCAAGAUACUAGGAUAAAAAAUAUUUCAGGUCUUGAUUCAGACCUGGGCCUAUGUUUUUGGCGCUGAUGAGUUUUCUUUUGUAAAUCUUUUUUAGUGUAAUAUGUCAUUCCAUGAGGCAGGAACUAUUAAUAUUAUUGAAAUCUGAUUAAAUUUAUGUUGCGCUUGUUUCAGGUAAACAGGUCCAUAUUAUUUUGAAGAAUUUGUAUCAGUGAGAGAUGAGUGUUUGUCUCAAAGAGAUAGAUUAACACCCAUUGGAAAAUACAAGAAUAUUUCAUUUUCUAUUUGAUACAAUCGUAAUGAAUGUACAUUUGAUGAAUUUUAUUGGUUCAAUUAUAUUAUUUUCCUUCUAAUUAGAGUCUACUUAUUCUUGGUUCUCACUUUAGUUUUGUACUAAAGGGAUAGUCCAAUUUGAACUGAAAUAGGUUACAUUUAACUAAACUUGGGCCUAACUUGAGAAAAUUACUAAUUCCUAAUCCACCAAGAUCAAUUCAUAUGUCUGUGAUACAUCCAAGAAUUCAACAUGUUAUGAACUUUUUCUAUAACAAGAAACAAAGUCAUAUCAACUUUCAACAAUAUAAAUACAAAGAUGUCUAAUAUCAAAAUAUCCUUUGCGUGCUGCUCAAAUUUGAUUGUAACAACAUAGAUAAAUUGGACUAUCCCUUAUGUUUAUUUUUUUUCCUGCUUCUACUAUUGUGCUCUAUUUUUCUCUCCUUUUUUCAUUUUUCCUCUGAUAGUGAAUCAAUGCAUUUUGGGAUUAUUUAUUGUAGCAAAAUAUGAGUAUUUAUUGUGAGUGUUCCCCUUUUUUUAUGCAAAAGGACUUUUGCAAGAGAAAGGGAUUAUGAUUUGGUUGAAAACUCACACAAGAAAGAAAAAUGAAGAUAUGUUUUUUUUUUCUUUCUCCAUGAAAUGCUUUUGUUUGAAAUUGUGGGUUGUAGAAAAGUUUGUAUACAUACCUAAACUAUGAGCUGCCAAGUCUCAAUAAAAUUAUGAAGAGACAUGCAUCUGGAA